CAGAUGCGCAUAUACACAAGCACCACGCGCCACCGUAUACUCAAUCGCACACUGGAAUAUUCACCGACUUGAUCAGUUCGAUUUUUCAUUUGUGUGUACGUGUCUGUUGCUGUUGCUGUGUGUGUUUGUCGACUAUUGCGUUUUGACAUAUCACUUGACCGGGGAUAAAUGACACAUUUUGCGCCUAAUAAGUCACAUCGUGCUUUAGUAAAUACACACACCGCACCAUAUACAGCCGAAAUGUCAGCCAAAUCGAAAUCGUGCUAAUUGUCACAUCGACUAGCAUUUUCAUUUUUCUCGGUGGUUUUUUUGUUGCUCAUCGUUGUUUCAUUACGAAAUUUUCGUGUGCUCUAACUCGUGUGAAUAACAAAAAACAUAGAAAAAUCGAAAAGAGUGAAGAGAUAAAAAAAAGAGUCGAAAUCAGAUCCUUCGACUAAUGUAAUAUCUGUGCAUUUAAUUAAAUUGCUGACGACUCGUAGCGUUUGUGCUUCCGAAGAAAAAAAGACAAGUUUUUUUUGCACAUUGUUUGUCGUUUCUCUCUUGCUCUGGCACCCGUUGUUUUGUUUUUUUUUUUCUUUUCUGCCGUUCCUGUUGACAUUUCUGUUAUUGUUUAUUUGUUAUUAUGACUACAACAAAAGUCGAUUCCAUUUUCGGAUCGAAUGACAUUGGCGAAUAUUUGCGGGCCAAAUUCGUGGACGAGUUUUUUUUCUCGCUCGAUGCAUGGCCAAAUUCGACCGAAUUGAACAGCAACGGCACGAACGAAGCCAGGAACGACGCGGGUGAUGUCGACAACAACAACAACAGCACCAACAUCGAUGGGAAUCGUACACACCACACGACCAACAACGGCCAAACGGUGGAUGAAUGUGCAACGGAAAUACGGAAAUUGGCAAAUUCGGAUCUUUGUUUGCCACGGAAUGUAGCGGUGGCGGCGAUUAAGCAGCACGACAAAUUCACUGCCAACAAGCAGCAGCAGCAACAGCACAAGGGACAAAAGAAAUGGUCAUCAAAAUUACCAACAGCAAAACUAUUUUGUGUAUUUUGCAAGAACAACGGCGAACAGGAGCAUGUGUAUACAUCGCAUAAAGUGAAGGAUAAUCGAAAUCGGGUGUGUUGCCCUCGGUUGCGUGAAUACAAAUGCCGAAUUUGCGGUGCAUCCGGUGAUUCUGCACACACAAUUCGAUAUUGCCCAGCACGAGAGACCAUUCUACAAUCGGCCUAUGAAAUGUUGUCCAUCAACGAAGCAUCAUCAUUGCAGGCAGCAAUUCGCAACAAACCAUCGAUCAUUCAACUCAAUUAAUUAUUAUUUUAUCAUGAUGGAUUUUCCUCUCUUUUUUUCUUACAUACGUAAUUCAUUUGAAUUUCGUUCAAAUAUUUUUUUUCCUCGUCUUUUUGUACAAUUCAAUUGCAUUUUGUACUUUGACUCAAUUUUCAUUAGGAAAAUUGAAACAUUUGAAAAUUGUUGACAAUGAAUCCCCCUGAAUGUCACUAAUAAAACCGAAAAAUUGAAUUGCAUGUUAAA